UCAAUACACAAUAUCAUAAACGUCUCCGGCACGAUAUUUAUUAUUGUGAUGUUUAUUGCUGUGCCGUAAACAUUGCGGGUCCAAUAAAUGUCAAAAUGUUAAAAAACGGACCGUAGAUGUUUACCUUGGUGAACUAGAUGCCAGGAUACAAAUAACAUGGGCAAAAUACACUGUACCCGGAAGGAAGUCCGUCUGUACAGCUCAGUUUAAUAAUGGCUGUGUUCAUGUACAUAUUAGUUUCUAUGACCGCUGUUAAUCACGUUCUGGGUGCAUCACUGUCUAUAUCUGAAUCUUCAUCUUAUGCAGUGUUGAAUCAGCCGUUUACCGUGACAUGUACAGUGUCACAGGCUGCUAACCUGAAUGAUAAAGUACAAUUCUUUAAGAAAACUUUAAUAGGUGGAUUUACUUCCCUCAGCCAGAAUAUGGCCUCAUGUUCUGUGUUCAAUGAUCCACCAUCAGGUUACACAGCAUCCUGUGGAAGUGGAACAGACAGCAGCUCGUCCACCACUAAGAAGUAUACUCUGGUGAUCAACAGAGCUGCAGUAGGCGAUGCUACAGACUGGUGGUGUGAUCUGCUUACAGCUACAACACGCAGCACCACAGUCAGUCUGCAGAUCAGCAGUGGUCCAGACUCUAUUACAUUCAGUCCAACAUCACCUGGGCCUGUAGCAGAAGGAGAAAGUCUGACUGUGUUGUGUGCUGCUAGCUGUAAUCCACCAUGUUCCUAUUCCUGGACUCUGAGAAACCAGCCGAUCUCACCAACCUCUCUGUUAAAACUGACAAACAUCAACAGAAGUCAGACAGGGAAUGUGUACACGUGUACAGUGACCAACUCAUUUUUAUCAACAUUUAAAACUAAACAGUUCACACUGACAGUAAAUUAUGGUCCAGACAGUGUCCAGCUGAACACCACAUCUCCACUGACAGUGAAGGAAGGUGACGAUGUAUCUGUGUCAUGUGAAGCGACUAACUGUUCUCCAUCCUGUUCUUACACAUGGAAGUUUAACUCUGACAUAAAACCAAGCCGUUCUGUGCUGUCAUUAAAUAACAUACAGAGAUCAGCAGCUGGUGACUACACGUGUACUGCUAAAAACACAAAAACAUUGGACAAGACCAUUACCCUAGAUGUACAGUACCGAUCUUCAAUCACUUCUCUGACUUUGAACUCGCAGUCUACACUGGUUACAGUUGAUGAGCUGACUGCUGUGACGCUGAGAUGUGAUGUUGACAGUAAUCCAGGAUCUGACAUCAAACUGUUGAACAACUCACAGAUUCUACGUAAAAUGACAAACUCUAAACAGGCUGAGUACAUGUGGAACGAGGCUGGAUGUCUGGAUACAGGAUACUACACGUGUGAAGCAGGAAACAGCAUCAAGUCAGCUGUCAGUGAAAGUGUGCAGCUUGUUGUAAGAUGUUCACCAAGACUAGAUCACCGAGUUCCAUUUAAGAAAGAGUUUGCAGCAGCAGAAGGUGGAAAUGUGACACUGAAGAUAUCAGUGAUUGCCAACCCAACACCCACAUUCACCUGGUACAAUCUGACUAAUGAAAACAAAAAGGAACUUGGGUCUGGAGGUUCAGCUACAACUGACGUAUCUGCUGUUGGGAAUAUUACACUGACACAUGUUCGGCAGGGAGAUAUUGGUACCUACCAGGUUGUUGUGUCAAAUGGAGCUCCAAGACAAGAUCUUGUGGUGAACCUGACACUUCAUUUAGCAGGUAUGACGAGAUAAGUACAUGUAUGUGCUAGUUGUAGAGCAUCAUUAGAUUGAUUGUAAAGCUAGAUACUGACACUUGAUGUAGCAGGUAUGAGUAGAUGUGUAUGUGCUAGUUGUAGAGCAUCAUUAGAUUGAUUGUCAAGCUAGAUACUGACACUUGAUGUAGCAGGUAUGAGUAGAUGUGUAUGUGCUAGUUGUAGAGCAUCAUUAGAUUGAUUGUCAAGCUAGAUACUGACACUUGAUGUAGCAGGUAUGAGUAGAUGUGUAUGUGCUAGUUGUAGAGCAUCAUUAGAUUGAUUGUCAAGCUAGAUACUGACACUUGAUGUAGCAGGUAU